AUGCCGAAUCAAGGCCGCAAGACCUUCACCAUUCAAGGCCAAGACUUUGUCGUGCAAGACAACUUUGAGAUCAUCAAAGAGCUAGGUCAAGGCGCCUAUGGCAUCGUCGUAUCUGCCCGCAAUAUGGUGGGAGACGCAGAGUCUGUUGCCAUCAAGAAGGUCACCAAUGUGUUUAGCAAGCGCAUCCUAGCCAAGCGCUGUCUCCGUGAGGUCAAGCUCCUGCAGCACUUUCGCGACCACAAAAACAUCACCUGUCUCUAUGAUAUGGACAUUGUCGAUCAUGCGCGCUACAACGAGCUUUACCUGUAUGAAGAGCUCAUGGAAGCGGAUUUGCAUGCGAUCAUUCGCAGUGGUCAACCCUUGACGGAUGCGCACUACCAGAGCUUCAUCUACCAAAUCUUGUGCGGCCUAAAGUACAUUCACUCUGCCAAUGUGCUGCAUCGCGAUCUCAAACCGGGAAACAUCUUGGUAAAUGCAGACUGUGAGCUCAAGAUUUGUGAUUUCGGGUUGGCUCGUGGCUAUUCGGAUGUUGCAGAGGAAAAUGCCGGCUUCAUGACAGAGUAUGUUGCUACACGAUGGUAUCGCGCACCAGAGAUUAUGCUUUCGUUUCAAUCCUACAGCAAAGCCAUUGAUCUUUGGUCGGUGGGCUGCAUCUUGGCUGAAUUGCUCGGUGGUCGACCAUUCUUCAAGGGACGAGACUAUGUCGAUCAGCUCAAUCAGAUUCUGCAUGUGCUCGGUACACCUGCCGAACCAACAUUGAAUCGCAUCGGCAGUCAAAGAGCCCAAGACUACGUGCGAGGCCUUCCCUUCAAGGCGCCUAUUCCUUUUGCUAGCAUCUUUCCCAAAGCUUCAGGACUGGCCAUUGACUUGCUCACCAGGUUACUCCAAUUUGAUCCAGCUGAUCGCAUCAACGUUGAGCAAGCCCUUGCGCAUCCGUAUCUGGCUGUAUGGCAUGAUCCAGCAGAGGAGCCCGUAUGCCCACAAGUAUUUGACUUUGGCUUUGAGCAGGUGGAUGAUAUUGAUGAGAUGAGAAGCAUGAUUUCUCAAGAAGUCGUGUCAUUUAGGCAGCAAGUUCGGAGUCAUGCGAUACCUACAGCGAAUGCAGCAUCGGGUAUCCAGAUUGCUGCUGCGGGUGCGUCUGCUGCUGCUGCCGCUGGCUCAGGUGUGCUUGAGGAGCCGCCUAAACCGCAGAGUGCAGAGGACGAGCGAAUGCAGGAGAAUGACCUCGAAGCUGCACUGGCUGGAGGGAUGGAUUUGCGGCGAUAG